AUCAUUCCCGCCAAGACUCCAAACCGAAUAAAUCGAAACAGGGAAGUCAAGUUCGCAAAGUUGGGAGAUACUUUUGUAACUUUUGAAAGUGCGCUGUAGCUGUGAAUUUGCGGUUCGGAAUGACAGACACUACGGGGUUGAGUAUAGGAAGACACCGAGGAUGUUUUUUACUAUUAGCAGCAUUGGCUCUGGCGUUUUCAACUUAUGUUGAACAGGUGGUGAGUUUGCCAGCGGAUCCAAAUAUAAAUCAAUGGCCAACAUUUCCUAGAAGGAAUAUAGCAGCUUUGGCUCGAGAUGGAUAUCUUAAAAAUUCUGUGCUUGGAAGUUAUAAGAGGAGUAUUUCUACUCUCGCCAAAAAUGGACAAUUGCCUACAUUUAGAUCUCCCUAUGACGAAAUCGAUAAACAAGAUGAACAGGAUGAAGAGGAAUCUCAUGCGAAAAGGAAUAUUGCUUCCAUAGCUCGUCUUCGUAGUUAUUCUGCUAUGAAGAGGAAUAUACAGGCAUUGGCUAGGGAUGGUUUCCGUGCCGGCAGAGGACAAUAUAAUCAGCAAAAUGACAAACGUAAUCUGGCCGCAUUGGCUCGAAAUGGCAUGAUACAUAAAAAAGAUGAAAUUAAUGGAGACGAAUACUAUUAUCCGUUUUAUCAAAAUCCAAUUCCCCCUCUAUCAGAAAUUGAUGGCCCGUACGACUUGAAUGAAAUGUAUGAUUACCAACAAUCAAUUAACCCUGAUAUGUUUCCACCGCUCUCACAAGUGUUUAAGCGCAGUAGUGUUUCACCACAGUCGCCUAUGGAUUUUAAUCAAUUAGAUGUGGACAGCAAUUGGUAUUAUAAGAGAGGAAUAAUGGGUAUGCCGGUGCACGGUCUUUAUAGGCCAGUAUACACGGAACCGAAUGUUAGGAACAAGAGAUAUAUACUGACUCUUCCAGAUGUUAUCGAACAUAACGAUUUAGAUGUAUCGGAAAAUGACAGUGGAAAUAAUGACAAGCGCUCUGUUGAUGAAGAUAACGAUAUACGUGAAAAUUUUGAAAAGCGUCAUAUCGGUUCAUUGGCUCGAUUAGGUUUGCUACCAUCAUUUAGGUUCUCAGGAGGGCGCUAUAGCAGAUCUGGGAGAGCUAGACUGUUAUUGCCCAGUCAAGAAUUGUACAGGAAGCAUACCCCUGACGAGAAUUUCGGAAUUAGGCAAUAUAUCCCUAGUGCCGAAAUUGACACAGCAAUCGAUUCAGACGACACCGACGUACCGCCGGCGGCAGUACCUGCUCACUCGCACCCGACCGGUCGGAUCUUCAACCGACCGUUGAACAACGACCUACCUAUAGCCUCACCUCCACUCCCAUCACCACCACUCCCACCUCCAAAUUACCUAGAUGUCUUCGCAAAAAACCGCUGGCAGUCCAACACCAAAGAGAUCCCCAAGUUCUACCACUUCAGGUCUCUUAAAAUUCCUUAUCAUACAUCCGGGAAAAGGUACUUGUUACUGCCAGCGGUCGACAAUAUUCUCUUAAGAAAAACCUACCGCAACAGCAGCCUACCGAGCCGGCGUAAGAACCAGUAGCUGUGCCAGUGUCCGCUAGGUGACGCCACGUUGCUUAGCUCCCAGGCUAGAUACGCUAAUGAACUGUGAAUGAAUUAUUCCCACUUAGCUCUGUGAUUUUAUUUUAUACCUAUACAUUUACAAUUGCAACAGGGAUCAUGGAUACUGAAAUAUAUUUAGACAAUAAAAAUAUUCGAAUUAAUAAAUCUUAUUGAUGUUAUAUGUUGUGAUUACAAGUUUUUAAACUUAUAAUUAUUAUGGAUUAAAAAUAGGAUAAUUAAUUAUAAUCUAAGGGAUCUCAUUUUUGUGAAACGACUCGGCCAGCUUAUGACAGAUAUCGUAUAAAAUUAAUAUUGUAGAUAAAUUUUUAAGGUGUCAAUCGCAAAUAUUAGUUGAACGAAUGCGAUGUAUUUUCUUGGUAGUAUUAUAAUUGUAAGAAUUAAGGAAAGUUAAUUACUUUCCUGUUCCUCAAAUAUUAAUGAUCUCAUUUUAUUUGGAUUUGCUCAUUCUUGUACUAUUAACUAUAUUGCUGUUAUAGAGGGUAAAUGUUAGGCUUCCAAUUAAAAAGAAUGUUGAUCAAAGUAAGAUAACGAUGUGAUAAGUAUGUAGAAGAUUGUAUUUAUUUCUUUUCAUUUAAUUCUGUUUCAUUUACUCUGUCCUUUCCUUAAACUUAUAUUUAGCUGUGUUCGACAAAUAAAUAAUUUGAAAAUAUUUGUAACUUUGAAGCUUUCAUUCGAAUUGCCCGUAAUGUUUUCUGUGAGGACAAUUGUGUGUAGUAUAUAUCUGCCUAUAUCUAUUUUUUGAGGCGUGGACAAUAAAUAGAUGAUAUAAGCGACCACGGUACGAGAUAAUAAUUUACAUUCAUAUUAUACUGUAGUGGUAUUCUCUUUCUUAUGUGAAGUACUCGUAAAUGCAUACUGCUAUUUUAGAGUUGUAUUUGUUGUAAAUAAAUUAAACU